AUGAACAUUGAAGAGUACAAAGGAAGAAUUACUGAGAAAAAGGCCCAAAGGCUAGAUAGAUUGGAUCAAGAGAACCAAGAAGAAGUAAAGAAUGAGAUGAUGGAAGAAUUUGAGAAAAUUAUUGCUAAUGAACGCAAGAAGAUUAUACGUGAGGCUGGAGUCCUGAUUUUACCAAAAUGGGACAUAGCAGAUGCAGUGGCUUUUGAUACAAUUAGGAUGUCAAAGGGUCAACAUUAUCCAUCUGAGCCAUCAACAUCUAGGACAUCACCUAUGGUCCAGGGAGGAGAAGCAGUUCAGCCUAAUACAAGUGCUGGUAUCCCUGGUAUAUCAUUGGUCCCAUAUGAUGAUGAUGAUGAGCUUGAAGCUACAAGAUCAACUAAACCAAAUCAGUCUCAGCUUUUAGAAAAGAUUGUUAAAUUAGAAAAUAAGCUAAAAGAAUCAAAAGAUCAAUCAAUCGGGCAACAAAAGGAUAUAGUUAGCUCAGUGCUAACUCAUUUGAAUGAGAAUGUUUUUAGUAGGCUCAAUAGUGUCCAUGCCUUAUAUUCUUUGUUAUUCAAUGAUAUUGAAGAUGAAGAAGGGGCAUUCAAGCCUUUACAAUCUUGGAAAGAAGAGGCAGAAAGAGUCAUCAGUACCCAGGUAGAGCUAAUAUGUGAAAGGAUAAACAUGGAUAUGCUGGAGGAUAGCAUGGAUAAAAUAAUUUCCACUGGAUCAUUUUUUGGAACUUUUGAAAGAGAGGCAAACAAGGAUUUUGCUACUAUGAGUAAAGCGAAGAACACCAUAGGUUACAUGAGGCUGCAUCCUGAAGAAAAGUUGGAAGAGCUUCAUGGAGCUCCACAGAGACAGGGAACAAGAAAAAAUGUAGAUACAAGUGUUUCUCCCUCAUCAUAUAGUUUAGGAUUUUUCAAUUCCUUAUUUGAUACACCUGUUAAAGAAGAAAUGCAACCACAUAGAAAAGAAUGUACUCAAGUUCAGUAUUCAGAAGAGACAAGAGGUCAGAGUAGAAGUAGAAGUCACCAAAGUGAAAAUUGUAUUGAUGUACCUCCUCCUCUAGGUCUCACAACAAAUUUUUCUCGUGGUUAUGAGUCAAUACGAGAACAAGAUAAUGUGAACUUGAUUGAUUUAGAUGAUACUUUCGGAUCUGAGAUAACUAUACGAGAUCCAAAAGAAUUUUUUGGAGACAUAGACACAUUGGGAAGAGAACUCCAAGAAAAAAUAGAUUUGAGAAGUAAAAGAGAAAAGGAAAAGGAAUCCGAAGUUACUAGAGCUAUGAUAGAGAGAGAUGGUUUGAUACAAAUAUUAGCAACACUCAAAGCCUUGGCUCAGGAAAAGGAUAAGCCUAGUGUUGACGGCCCUAUUUUAAGAGAGAUUUUAGAUAAGAAAUCUAAAAAUAUCACAAAGGAAAAGACUAAGAGUAAUAUGGAUAACCAGAAGUUAGUAGAUCUUAGUCAGCCAGAUCUAAGUCGAAAGUUAUCCCAAAUUUACAAUGAGCUGGAAACAACUAGAAUAGAAAAUGAAACUCUUGCAAAAGAGUUGAAGAGAGUUGAAAUGGAAGCCUUAAAUGCAAAGAUGAAAAGGAAAAUUGAUUUCCUUAAGUUGUCAACAUUAAACAGUACUUCAUUCAUUGCUGGCCCAUCCAAAACUAAGGCUAUUUCCGAUGUAAUUUCUACAACAACACCAAAUGUCAUUGUGAGUAUUCCAACCCAAAAUGUCUAUAAUACUUAG